AUGGUUUGGAAGAACAAGUCUCGCAUCCCAGUCGAGGCCAAGUCAUCGACGUUCAGACAGUUGCUACCUCUCCUAAUCCUUCUCGUCAUUCUUGGCGGCGUCGCCUUCGUCGGCUACCAAGUAUAUCUCGGGGCGACCAAGAUUCGCGACAGUACCGAAAAGCGCAUGGCUCGGAAGAACCUCGUUUUCACCAAAGAUGGCCUGAAGGUCAGCGUCAAGCACGUUGAAGAAGAGAAAUACGUCGAUGCGACUCAGAGCUGGGUAGUUAAGGCCUGGAAUCUAGGGAAUCCUCCGCCCCCCGUCAAGAGGAGGUAA